AUGUGGGAGGACAAUAACUCGCGAAACGUGUAUGUUUUACUAAGACAGUAUAGCGCCAAAAUCAAAAGAUGUUCUCCAGUUCUCAAAACUGCCAAUGCAGAGGCUGUCGGUGAAACAGCCCUUCCAAUUUGGAGGGACCACUUAAAGACUUUGCUAAACCAGCAAGCGCCGUCAGCUCCUGAACUUGAGCACGUUGAUGUACCAACAUAUGCGGCUAACGAGGAACCACCGAUCGAGUCGGUGUAUCCAAAAGAUGACAAAUGGAAAAUCUGGCAGAGACCGCGAAAUCAGCGCAGAAAUGCCGAAACAUCUUCUCCGUCUGAAAUUCGUGAGAUGACGAAGAUCAUCCGUUCAAUAUGGAUUGACGAAAGGAUACCUGACUCGUGGAGACACGCCAUCAUAAAUCCUCUCCUCAAGAAGUCAUCCGUCGCCGAUCCCGGGAAUUAUCGAGAAAUCUUCUUGUUGCGUGUUAUGUACAAGGUUUUGGAGUGGAUUAUCCUGGACCGACUCAUUAAACAUCGCGAAGAAAAAACGCGCGGCGAGCAUGCUGGCUUUCGCCCUCGCCAAUCUACGAUUGCUCACGUGUUCAUCGUUAAGAGAAUGAUCAAAAUCUGGCAGCGGUAUAUGAAGCCAAUGCAAUUACCGUUUCUGGACCUUGAAACCGCUUUCGACUCUCUUAAUCAAGGCCGUCUUCUAAACGCGCUUCGCGCUGAUGAAGCACCAGGAACGUUCGUCCGCCUGCUUGAUAACAUGAAUCAACAAACAACUACUGCAGUUCGAACACCAGCCGGAUCAUGA